GCCCCGUUCAAAGCAGGGGCAAGAAGGAGAUCGAGAAUCUUGUUUUUCGUUAUGUUUUUCUUUGCGGACAGCAAACAGAGAGGAGCAGAGGAAGAUUCUUAUUCGAAGAAGAAGACCCAAUCCGCAAAAGAGACGAUGGGAAGUCUUCAAAUUGACAUGGAUGAAUUUAAGAAGAUGCUCACAGACGCGUUUAACGCGACCUUCCAGCCCAAAUUUGAUCGAGUUUCUCAUCGAAUAGAUGAGUUUGCGUUGCCGAGAAACAAUACAACUUCGACGCCAAGUUUUACAGUACGUAAUCCAAUUCCAGAAGGGAGUCAAGACCAAGGAUUUGUAAUCAGACCUGCCCACGACUUGGAAGAGAGAGUUAGGAGUUUGGAUCGACGAACGUUGGCAUCCUCGCAAGGCAUUCCCGUCCAAACGUCCACCGGCGCUCAUCAUCUCUGUUUUCCUUCGUCAAAACAGAGCCCACAGCGUGGAGAAGUCGAUGCCGAGCUAGGGGAAGAGUCCAGCCACACCACCAGUGCAGACAUGGUCCAGGUAGCAUCAAGAAUCUUUACCCUGGAGUGGUUUGCGUCGAUUCAAGACCAACUACAGAAUCGAGAUCGACCAGCAACGCCCCUGCACUCGAGAAAACAGAGCAGGAGAGAGGGCGACUUCGUCGUAGAGAUCGGCGAAGAUUCGAACUCCGCCAUUGGUGCCAAAUCGAUCCCCACGACCCCAAAAACAUUGGAAGCUACUUCAUCGGAGAUGAACAGACCUGGAAUUGGAGAAUCGAUUCGCGUAAAACUACCUCUGUUCGUGAAGCAAACGGCCGACGAGGACCCUCUCUUGGGUGGAGCAAUCCAGCUCGAUUCGAGCAAAUCCAACGUUGUAGAAUCAUCACAGGAGGUAAGAGGAACGUGUAGAAUUCAACAAUUCGAAGAGAAGGUGCUUGGAUAUAAAACCCCCAAUUUCGAUUUGGUUUUUCUGGGUUGCGGACAUUCGAAUUCCGUCGACGGUGGGAAAGGAGAACUCGACGAAUUGAAGACAAUGGCGAUGCUUCGGGACUUGGGAAUGGAGCAGAACUUCAAUUGGAAGCCUGGAGAAGAGUUUGGAGUGCUUGAAUUGGAUGGGGGAUACUUGAAUCACAAACCCCCAAUUGUGCCGAGCAAGAACGAGUGUCGCACUGCUGUCCGACGACAUGGAAAUUGCUCGGAACGAAAUUCGGCAAAAUUGGUGGUCAAAGCAGGUUUAUUUCAACCACACAAAGCGUUCCCAAUAAAACUGCAAGCACCAACACAACUAGAUGCGAUUGAUGAUGAGAUUGAAGCUGCCAAAGUUGUGCCGAAAAAGAUGUUCGAGCAGGCUACUUUCGAUCCAAUUUGGGAUCGAUUCUGUGAUGAUUUUGACAAAAGGAAAGAUCAAGCUUUGAGGUCAAAGCUUUUUGAAGAGGGGGGGAGCCUGAUAUGAUCCCAAAUUGCCAACCAUACACGUUUUUAUUACUUGACAAAGAAGCUAUCAAGGUUGGAAAGAAGAAGGGCAGAAUUUGGCCAAGUCAAAAUCCGUGUUCAGGGUACAUACUUUGGAGGCAUGGUUCUCUCAAUUGGCUUGGUGGAAAUUCCAUUUUAAGAGUUUGUUUUGCAGAUAAAGUUGCCACCUUUCCAAUGGUAUGCUUUGUGGAUCCAGAUAAUAUCAUUAAGGUUUUUUUCCAAGGCCUCAAAGUUGCUACCUCAAAACUGGAAAACUGCCAGAAUUUGGUUAAGGCAGAAACUGUGUUCAAGAAGCCUACUUUGGAGCUCCAUUCCAGAAGCAUGGAUGAGAUUCGAGUCCAGAGGCUUAUACCACAUGAAAGUAGGUAUGUUCUACUACAAAGACAUGGCAUUGGAUGAUUGGAAGCUUACCUGGAAGGCUUUGAUCGAGAGGCUCAAAGAUGGCAUCAAAGCUGUUUGGUUACUUGGAGCUAAAGGCAGAUUUCUUUUCUUGUUUAGUUAGGAUUUCAUUGUUUUGGUAGUUUUUUUGAUUCCUUUUCGUAUUAGACUGUAAUUAGAAGUUUAUGGGACGUGUGUAACCCUAGCUAGGCCUAUUUAAGCUUUCUAUUUCGUUGUAAAACUAAGACUUUGUUGAAUAGAAAUCGAAACCGUUUGGUUUGUGCAAGUUGCGACUUGUUUUGGGUUUGGUGGAUUCCAAACUUGCUGAGCUUGUGUAUCGAUUGAAUAGUCACUUCAAUCGUGGUCGAGCAACUACCCUUUUAUACCAAUCGAGCUAUCCCCAGGUGUGGAUUUGUCCUUUUGGUUCCGUUUUAUCUAAGUUCGUAUUAAGAACGCUUCGUUCUUGAUUCGAGCUCAAUCGAUUCUUCAAUUGAGUCGUUAGCUGCGUGACUUUGAUAAUAUACACCCCCAGGGUUGUAUUAAAGUCUUACCUCGAUACCUUGGAGGAUCUGAUGAGGUCUGGAAAAUGCCCUACGAAACGCUUCUUUUGGGCUUGCUUGCUACUUGUUCUUUUCUAGGUCAGUACUGACUGUAUUUGUACAUAAGCGGCAGAAAUGGAACUUCUGUUUAUUUGGUUUGCAUAAUGUUAGGGUAAAAUUCAUGGGAUGCCACAUUCUAACGUAUCCCGGUGUUCUGGAAAUAUGAUUACAUAUUGUAUUUCUUAUUGCUUUUGCCGUCAAAUUGCUGAUCAUUCCCUUUCAUACAUUACAAAUUUUCGCUACAUUAUUUAUAUUACAUUACUAGUGUUUGUGCCUAGUAGAUACUAGGCGGUUUGCGGAGCUGGGGCGAGGCGCCUGUUCUUGGAUGUAGGGGAGUACUGAUAGUCUGCAAAACAGCGGUCCGGGGUGGUUCGCCCGUGACACUCUCCGAAGCUUAAGUUAGAGAGAGAAUGGGAGAGAUAAGAAUUUAUGUAGAGAGAUGGAUAGUAGUUGGUCUUACCAUUAAUGCACUCAACCUCUAUUUAUACCUGGUUUGAGGGUGGUUGGGGCAUUAAAUGCUAUGUCGGGCGCCUUGGACCUGGUCGGGCGUCUCGAGCAGGCUUUUUGGGUCAUGUUAGGCAUCCUGGGCAGGCUUUCAGCCUUUCUGCAGGCCGCCUGUGGCCGGCAAUAAAUGCUCAGUCUUGCC